GAGCCCCAACCUGGCGUUAUGAACAGUGGGUGCUGAGCCAAGGGUGACCAGCUUCCUGAACUCUGCGGCCUAGGCUUGGAGGGAAUCAGAGAUGUUCUCAGCUGUGAAAGAGGGGAAUUUGGACAUCAGGACAAAGAAGGAAGACAGCCCCCUGGAGCAGAUACCUUUGCCACCGGAGGCCACAUCAAACCCUGGGGCCUUUUCAAAGUCUCUGCAUCUGCUCGGUCACUGGGAGGUAGACAGCCCCAGGAAGGAGCCCAGUCAGCCUCGGGGGCCAGGCCAGGAGUGGAUAAAGCUAGAAAGAGACAUCAGGGAAGAGAAGGUGUUUGACCUGCUGAAGCCAAUUGAACCUGUACAGAAGCUGCUCCCUCAGGUGGAUGAGGAGGCCCUGCAGGAAGCCAUGAAGGGAGAAUGCUGGUGGAAGGCGUGGGUGAAGAAGCCAGUCACCUCUGAGGAUGUGGCAGUGAAUUUCACCCAGGAAGAGUGGGAAUGUCUAGAUGCCAGUCAGAGGGUACUCUACCAGGACGUUAUGUCAGAGACCUUCAGAAACCUGAUGUCUGUGGAUCUGAUCGCCAAGUUUGAACAAGAAGAGAAACAGUGGAGAGCAGAUCUCUGUCCCCCAAACGGAGAAGGCCUUCAUUCAGGAGGCACGAGAGAGGAACUUCAAGAACAGAGUCAGAGUUUGGGAGAUGAGGGAAAUAGCGAUGACAAGAAGGUCUCCCUUGCUCGCAGAAGGGCAGGCCCAUCCUCUGCUCCAGCUGGGUCCCUGGACAGGACACCAGUGUUCCCAGCAUCCUGGGCUGGGCCACCCUUUACCUGCCAUACCUGUGGCAGGUGCUUCAGCAAGCGCUCCAGCCUCUACAACCACCAGUUUGUUCACAGCUGCGGCCAGUGUGGGAAGUCCUUCCUGAACCCCAAGGACCUCAGCUACCACCGGCGCAAGCACCUUGGGGAGAGGCCCUUCUGCUGCUCGCUCUGUGACAAGACCUACUGUGAUGCUUCUGGACUGAGCCGUCACCGCCGUGUCCAUCUGGGUUACCGGCCCCAUUCGUGUCCCUUCUGUGGGAAGUGCUUUCGGGACCAGUCUGAGCUCAAACGCCACCAGAAGAUACACCAAGGCCAGGAGCUGGGGGCUGGAAACCAGAAGCAUAUGGUGAAGAUUCCAGACAACACAGCUGGAUUCCAGGGGCUGGCAACUGCGAACAAUGCACCAGUGGCCGGGACCCAAGGACCCUCAUUUAAAACCACGGGUCCCGAGGCUCAGACCCAGCCAUCUAUAGACAGGAGCCAGGCACCUGCAACCAAGAACCAGGUAAUCACUGGGAAGGCUCAGCGCCCAGUCGUUACAACCCCAGAGCCUGUGACCAGGAGCCAGGCAGCCAACAAGAGAGCCGCCUGCCUGGAUACCAAGUCCAGCUCUCACCCAGGAAAGCCUUCAAGACUCAAGGUCUUCUCUUGCCCUCAUUGUCCCUUGACUUUUAGCAAGAAAAUCUGUCUCUCCAGCCACCAGAAGGCCCACUUCACAGAGCAGUCCAACCGCUGCUUCCACUGCGGCAAGUCCUUCACUUUAUUCUCUGGGCUGGUCAGGCACCAGCAGACUCACUGGAAGCAGAAGCUCUACUGUUGCCCUAUCUGCGACGUCUGCUUUGGGGAGAAAGAGGACCUUCUGGGUCACUGGGGGGGCUACAGGGGCAAGGGGCUCUGCCUGGGCAGUCCCCAUAAAUGCUGGGCGAUCCUGGGUCAGUGGCUUGGCUUCUUUCCCGAUGCCUCCACUGUGGCAGGGGAGGAGAUGGAUCUUUCUCCUGGAUCCAUACCCUCAGGAGAGGGAAGGAAGGGAGGGGAGAAGGCAGCAGAGGAAAGAAAGCAGGUAAGGCAGUGA